GUGACACUUGAACACCUGCUAGCUAAAGUAGCAGUUAAGCUAGGCUAGGCUAAGUUACACAACUUACUUGUAUGGAGGUCGGUGGCUCGAGCUAGCUGAUGCUUCACCUUCAAAAUGAAACCAACACGCAACUAUGAGGCUCACAUGUUCGGCUUUUAUACAAUAUCACGUGAUUAUGAAAGCCCGCAAUGACUUCUGGGAUAUGUAGUGAGGUAAACAACGGCGGGAAGAAGAGGAAUAACAGAACUCAAGAGAGCAGAGAACCAUGAAUACAGAAAAUUUCCCCCCUGACUGAGAAGAGGAGCAGGGCGCCACCGCAUCUUCUGCUGCCUCUCAACUUUCAGGAGGGCAGAUGUAUUGGGGCCAGAGCUGUGCUGGAACUCCAUCUCCACCUCCACCUCCACCUCCAUCCUUUAAAAGUUCACUAAGUUUCUGCAGGAGUUACUACAUCAUGUGCAUGAUGGCGAUCACAUUUCUCAACCUGAUUGGGAUUCCCAUGGAGAUAGCGUUUCUGGAUGGGCACAGCGGGCUGGCGUGGGAAGGCUUUAACGUGUUUUCAGACACGUUGUUCCUGAUAGAUGUGGCUCUGAAUUUCCGUAUGGGCAUCAUAGCAGAGGACAGCGAGGAAGCUAUUCUGGACAUCAAGCGGAUCCGAGUCUGCUACCUGAGGACAUGGUUCAUACCGGACGUAAUCGCCGCCUUCCCGAUCGGAUACAUUCUGCUGUUUGCGGACUUACACUACAACCACGAUGACAACCCCUCCAAAACCAACAAGAUGAUGAGGAUCCUGAUGUUCGUGCGGAUCCUCAGCCUGAUCCGGCUCGCUCGGGUGUCCAGGCUUGUCAGGUUCUUCAACGAAGUGGAGAAAGUGUCGAAUGCAAACCUGGAGGUGGUCCGCCUCUUCUUCAGGGUUUUGUCUCUGUUCAUGAUGAUCUUCCUGCUGUGUCACUGGAACGGCUGCAUCCAGUACUUCGUCCCCAUGCUGGAGGAGUUUCCAUCAGACUGCUGGGUCCGGAAGGAAAACCUGAUGAACGCCACGGUGAUCGUGAAGUACUCAUGGGGAGUCUUCCGAGCCCUCUCUCAGAUGAUCGCUCUCUCGUACGGCUCCAUGGACGCUCCAACAAAUUACGUGGAGAUGUGGAUCGUCAUGGUCAGCAUGGUGUCCGGCUGUUUGAUGUACACCGUCCUUGUGGCUAACGCGACAACCAUGAUCGCUAACACUGACCCAGCAGCCAAGGAGUACAAGAGCAAGAUGAGUCGUUUGGAGCAUUACAUGACCUUCAUGAAGCUUCCACCCGAGCUGUGCCUUCGGAUCACCAACUACUACCAGGCGCGCUACGGAGGGAAGUGGUUCAACGAGAACGACGUGAUGAAGACCGUGUCCUCGGCGCUCAAAGAGCAAAUCGUGGUGGUGAUGUGCAGCCGGCUGCUGAGAAAGGUGCCGAUGUUUCAGAACAGAGAUGAAUACUUCAUCAACACGAUCCUCCUCAGGCUGGAGUACGAGGUUUUUCUGGAGGGAGACGUCAUCGUACGGCAGCACGCCCCGGGCGAUCGCAUGUUCUUCAUCGACCACGGACAGGUCCUCUAUGAGACGGAGACCUGCGAGAAGGAGCUGUGUGACGGAGACUACUUCGGAGAGACAUGUGUGCUGACCAAAGGCAAACAUCUGGCCACAGUGAAGGCUCUGACGGACUGCCAGUGCUUCUCUCUGUCCUGGGACGACUUUCAGGAGACGCUGGAGGGCUUCCCAGAUGUCAGGAAGGACUUAGACAAGAUGGUUCAGAUCAACCCGGAUGGUGGGCUCGUGUGAGGCCAGAAGCCGUACUUGGACUUUUUUUUAUAUAGUAUGAAGAGGAACAGAGGAUACGGAUAUUUCCUGGACACUCAUGUGAUGGACAGUAAGACUGCGAGUGAUUCUUCACGUGAACAAAAACGGACGCCUCUCUGUGGAUGAGAUGGAUAGUUUAGAGAACAAUUACUAUACAGUACAUAUUUUCUGGGCAUUAUUCUGUACUCCUAUCCAGUUAUCAGCAAUAAACAAAACUCUGCAGUAAAGAUGUUAAACCUCGA